CCAGCACCGAGCCCAGCGCCCUGCACGGACCCGCACCCCCGCCACCAAGAUGCAGAAGUGCACUGGUCUCCUGUUUCUUUCUCUCAUCCUUUGCGCCACCUUGUCAGAAACAUUCGGGCUGGUUCUAUCAGCAAAAGAAAAGAGGGGCUGGACUUUGAAUAGUGCUGGUUACCUACUUGGGCCACGUCGUAUUGAUCAGCUUUUACUGAUAAAGGAAAUGCCCAUUGCAAGGGGGAGAGAAGAGGCACCUGGGGAAUAUGCAAUAGAUAACCACAGAUCUUUUAAUGAAAAACAUGGGCUAGCUGGUAAACGUGAAAUACAGCCUGAAGAGGAUAUGAAAUCAGGUGUUCUUGGAAGAUCUCUGGCCGAUGACAACAUUGUACGCACAGUAAUUGAAUUUUUGAAUUACUUGCAUCUUAAAGAGGUUGGGGCACUUGACAGUCUACCUUCAUCAGAAGAAACAAAUCAGUCCUGAAAAAGAAAAUAUUUCUAUUUUGUCGUAUUGUAAAUUAAGAUUGAACUCCAAACAGAGCUUGGAAUGAACAGAAGAGGCUGAUUAUUGUUUACAUUAAUCUUAUACAGAGUUAUACAUGGUAAACUACUCUCUGCCCUCUUGGGUCUUUUUCUGUGAUGUUACAUCGUAAAAUUUUGCCUUGAUAAACAAUUUUCUUUAGGUAAAUGGUAAAAUAAAAAAGA